GGCUUCCUCCAUUUCAUUGCCAUUUCUCGAUCCCAUUGUCCCCCUCUCUCUCUCUCCCUCCUCUGUUUAGCAGAUAGAGAGGGAGGGCGCAAGAGAGAGAAACCAGAGCUGCCCACAAGUUUAUAUCUUUCCUCCUACGGACUCUCUCAACUCUCUCUCUGUUCUUCUAUUUUUUCUGCUUAUGUUCUUUAGGGACACAGAGUGUUUAUAGAACGGUAAAGACUCUGUCUGUGACCACAUUUCUUCCGCCAUGAUCUCCUUGAAGAGCAAUUUCCUGAGUAACACGGGCAUCUCAGGCUCGUGCAGCCCUUUCUCGGCGAAGCAGAGAGGACUCGUUCCUAAAGCUCCAACUUCAUUAAAAAUAGUGGCGCUGAAUCCAAAUAGGGAAGCAAACGGCAGCGUCUUGAUGGAGAACACACUGCAGGAAAUUAGAGAUGGAGCUGCUGUGCUUAACACAGUUGCUGGUGGCGUCCGCGAUGUAUACGGUGAGGAUACCGCCACCGAGGACCAGUUUGUCACGCCUUGGUCCCUCUCUGUUGCUAGUGGUUAUUCUUUGUUGCGAGAUCCACGCUACAACAAAGGACUUGGCUUCAGUGAUAAAGAGAGAGAUGCUCACUACUUGCGUGGCCUUCUGCCACCAGCAGUAGUUUCUCAGGAGCUCCAGGUGAAGAAAAUGAUGCACAUUAUUCGCCAGUAUCAACUUCCACUGCAAAAGUACAUGGCUAUGAUGGAUCUUCAGGAGAGCAAUGAAAAACUGUUCUACAAGCUUCUCAUUGACAAUGUUGAGGAGAUGCUACCUAUAGUUUACACUCCAACCGUUGGUGAGGCAUGCCAGAAAUAUGGAAGCAUCUUUGGUCGUCCUCAGGGUCUUUACAUCAGUUUGAAAGAAAAGGGUAGAAUUCUUGAGGUGUUGAGGAACUGGCCUGAGAAGGAUAUUCAAGUCAUUGUUGUUACUGAUGGUGAACGUAUUUUGGGGCUAGGGGACCUUGGAUGUCAGGGCAUGGGGAUACCUGUUGGGAAACUCUCUUUAUAUACAGCACUCGGAGGAGUUCGUCCUUCAGCAUGCCUUCCUAUAACAAUUGAUGUGGGAACUAACAACGAGAAGCUGUUAAAUGAUGAGUUCUACAUAGGGCUCAGACAAAGAAGAGCUACUGGACAGGAAUAUUCUGAACUGCUAUAUGAAUUCAUGAGUGCAGUCAAGCAGAAUUAUGGUGAGAGAAUCCUCGUUCAGUUUGAAGACUUUGCAAACCACAAUGCAUUUGAUCUGCUUGCAAAAUAUGGUACUACUCAUCUUGUUUUCAAUGAUGAUAUUCAGGGCACAGCAUCUGUGGUCCUUGCAGGGCUUGUUGCAGCACUUAAAUUAGUUGGAGGAACCCUAGCUGACCAUAGAUUCUUAUUUCUUGGUGCUGGAGAGGCAGGCACUGGAAUUGCAGAACUCAUAGCCCUUGAGAUGUCCAAACAGACAAACAAGCCAGCGGAAGAGACUCGCAAGAAUAUUUGGCUUGUGGAUUCAAAGGGGUUGAUUGUCAGUUCCCGUAAGGAAUCACUCCAACAUUUCAAGAAGCCCUGGGCUCAUGAACAUGAACCACUAAAAACACUUCUGGAUGCUGUCAAUGACAUUAAGCCAACAGUGUUGAUUGGAACAUCAGGGGUAGGAAGAACAUUUACUAAAGAAGUGGUUGAGGCUAUGGCCUCCUUCAAUGAGAGACCUAUAAUUCUUGCUCUUUCCAAUCCAACCUCACAGUCUGAAUGUACUGCUGAAGAAGCUUAUACAUGGACUAAGGGUCGUGCCAUUUUUGCUAGUGGAAGCCCAUUUGCCCCUGUCGAAUAUGAGGGGGAAGUUCAUGCGCCUGGUCAGGCAAACAAUGCAUACAUUUUCCCUGGAUUUGGUCUAGGUCUGAUAAUGUCUGGUACAAUCCGUGUUCAUGAUGAUAUGCUUCUGGCAGCAUCGCAAGCAUUGGCUGCACAGGUGACACAGGAGAACUUCGACAAGGGACUCAUAUACCCACCAUUCUCAAACAUUAGAAAAAUUUCAGCACAAAUUGCUGCCAAUGUAGCUGCUAAAGCUUAUGAACUUGGUUUGGCCACUCGUCUUCCUCAGCCGAAGGACCUGGUGAAGUAUGCUGAGAGCUGUAUGUACAGUCCGGCCUACCGAAACUACAGGUGAAAUGGCAGAAGCUUCAUCUCUUUCCCACCCUGAAGGUGACCACCCCACAAAAAUAAAAAAAGGCAAAAAAAAAAAGUGGAUGUCCAGUUUUAGUCGCAUAAUUAGCUGCUCUGCAAUUUCAUUAUUAAUUUUUGAAGUAUUUUUUUAUGUUAAUCUUUUGUUUGAUACGAUGUUGUGCAAGUCAUUUGAUGGGUAGCAAAGUAUGUGGUGGUAGUUGAAUGCAGUCGAAUAGCUGUUGACUUGGAGAUCCAGCAGAAUGAAAUUCAACUGUGUUCUUUGAUUUUUCAUUUCGUCAGAGUAGUGUGAGAAAAACAAUUUCUUAAUGAAGGGUUGAUAGGAUGAAUGGAGUUUAAUCUCGCUCUAAAAUGUAUUUAUUGGAAGAUGAUUAUUCAAGAUAUUAAUGAAAUUUUUUUUCUUAAUUUUUA